AUGUCGACCCUCACUCGAACGUUCCGAAAUCUUUGGAAGAUUGGCAUCAAGGACUAUGGCCACCAGAUGCAGUAUAUCGGUGAUACCAAAUUUGGCGUGCUGAUAGGCACCGAUAGAUGGGGAAACAAAUAUUACGAGAACUUGGAAGAGGAACUUCCUCUGCGAACACGAUGGGUUGAUUACAAGGAUUACGAGUUAGAUGCCAGCCAGAUCGACCCAGGAUGGCAUGCCUGGAUGAGCUAUAACGUCGACAAGCCUCCUACGGAAGACAAAAUCAUGGCUCUUGGAAUUCGACCGUGGGAGAGUAAAGUCCCUGUCGUGAACAACACAGCUAGCAGAGCGGCAUACCGACCUUAUUCAACGACCAAGCCAAAAUACGAAGCAUGGCAGCCCGUUGCCAAAGCACGAACAGGCGCAUAA